AUGGCGCUUGCAUCCGGGUUCUGCCCGCCGCCGUCGUACACCCCGGGUGCGUCCCAGCGCGCCCCCUUCUUCCUGGGCUUCGGCUUCGGCGGCGAGUGCUGCGACCCGUCGUUUGCCGACUACGAGGAGUACGCCCCAUCGAGCCCUUCGCCGCUCACGAGCUCCAAGGACUACACUCCGUCGACCCCCCUGCAGUCGCCGGAGCCGGACUACACUCCGGCGAGCCCCGACUACACUCCAUCAAGCCCAGACUACACUCCGGCGAGCCCAGACUACACUCCAUCAAGCCCCGACUACACUCCGGCGAGCCCAGACUACACUCCGGCGAGUCCUUCGCAGUCGCUCGAGUACACUUCGUCGAGCCCUGUUCGCCUCGCUUUCAUGAUGCCGCCUCCUCCGCGCGGCGCAUCGCCAGACUACACGCCCUUGACGCCGUCAGAGCAUGCUGCUACAUCACCUUACUACACUCCGUCGACUCCUCCCGGGCGCGCUUGUUCGCCUCCGUCCCCACUGGUGGUGUCUGACGCCGAGUCGUGCGCGUCGCCGUAUUACACGCCGUCAACUCCUUCAAGGCGGGCCGCGUCGCCGGACUACACGCCCAGCACGCCGCCUCCAUCGCCCCUGGCGUCAGAAGCAGACUCGACCACGUCUACAGCGCGCUGCCGCCACCAUCCGUACCAGAGGAGCGGCACUGGCCGGAUCAACCGCGGCGGACGUCAGCGAGCCUUGGCAUAUUGA